AUGAUAAAAGAAUUAUGUAAUGGGUUCAAUCUGAAGGCCUUUCUAGCGGAGCUGAUUGGAACCCUAGUGUUUGUUUUUGUUGGCUUAGGGUCAACUCUGGCAUGGCCUUCAAGCCUUCCAACCGUCCUGCAGAUAUCAUUCACUUUUGGCUUGGGAAUAGGUACUCUUGUCCAGACAGUGGGGCACAUAAGUGGGGCUCACCUCAACCCAGCGGUGACAAUAGCCAUGGUUUUAGGGGCUCACAUUUCCUUCGCACAAGCCCUCUUUUAUAUAAUUGCCCAGCUGAUAGGAGGUGUGGUGGGGGCAGGUUUACUGUAUGAAUUUUCUCCAGCUGAAAUCAGAGGAGGUUUUGGCAUCAAUCAGGUAAGUUUUAUACACAGAUUACAAAAUGAAUCCUUUCCACUGAACUUGAUGAUAAAACAUUUCCAUUGACAAUUAUUUUUUUCUUUCAAUGUACUAUUGUCAGUUAUGUGAUUUCAAUGCUGCUUAUGCAUCCCUGAAUGAAGUUCAUAGGUGAAACAUAUUUCUUCCAUCACAAUAAUAACUAACCUCUUAAACCUUUUCUCAUGCUAUCCUACGCAGUUUGUAUUAUUUACCCUUUUGAGAUCCCAUUAUUGUUAUUUAUUUAUUUUUACAAUGUGCAUCAGGGAUUUGUAACUUAAAUAUUCUGUCGCAAACACACAAAAAAGCUUCACAAAAAGUUUUUCUUUCUGAAAAGUUUAUAGUUAUAAAUUAUAGUUAUUGGGGUUUGGUUUUUAUAUAUAAUGUUAUAAGAGAAAAGUUAUAAAAUAAUACAUUUAUUAUACUGUAAGUUAUAUUCCCCAGCCAAGUAAUGGAACAAGCCCUGGACAAGCUUUUGCCAUUGAAGUUUUCCUUACAUUACAACUGGUUCUCUGCAUCUUUGCCUCGACGGACAGCCGCAGAACUGAUAAUGUGGGUUCUCCAGCCAUAUCCAUUGGACUUUCAGUUGUACUGGGACAUCUACUUGGGGUAAGUAGCAUGGUUAAAACUAACGAUCAGUUGAAGAUAAUGUCACAGAUAUAGAGCUUUAGUGUAAGUGGAGGAGGAAUAUUGACUGUAUACUGUAUGGAGGGAUAAGAGCUGUGUUUGGAGAGAUACAGGCUAUAUUGUGAGGGGACAUACGAGCUGUAGUGUCUGUGUGAGUGAUGAUAGAGGCUGAAGAAUGUGUGCAAAAUUGGUAGGUACUAAAAUAAUACACAUUAUUAAUUACCUCUUGUGUACCUUGAACCAUGGAUGGGGAAAUGAUCCCUGGUGGUCCAGUGGGUAGAGCAUGUAGUGGGCUGAGCUGCUGACAGUAAGAUGACAAUUCUCUUAUAUGCUCGCAGAAGCAAUACACAUGAUCUGCACUUACUGUAGCAUAUGUGUAGACAACAAUCAUUCUGCCCCUCCCCCCCCCCCAUAUAUUAGAGUGCCUGGUUGAGCUCUGAGCAGUAGAGUGAUCUCUUUGAACCAGUGCUUGGGUAGCGUUGGCCCUUCAUGUGAGAAGUAGAGUGAUCUCUCUGAGCCAGUGCUUGGGUAGCGUUGGCCCUUCAUGGGCUGCCUGAGGACAUCUUUUUGGGGCCCCCAUUGCAUCCCACCUGCCAGUUGCCCAGUUUGCCCAAUAUAAAGGCCAGUCCUGAUAGUACUAAACUGAGGCAAACCAUGUGGCUGUUUACUGGUGAUCAAAUGUUACCAAAAUAUGAAAGUAUACUUACACAAUAUAUGGUCUAUUCUAAUCGCAUUUGCAAUUCCUUAUUGAAUGAAAUUAGUAGAUUUGUUUUAGAGAUACAAAAUUCUAAAUAUAUAUAUAAAAUAAGUCACAUGUUAAGAGAAGAAAUGCUACGUUUUGAAAGAAGGAAUGUCCUAUGUUAAACAGUGCAUGACUACCAAAAUGUAAAAAACUGACAUGUGCACAUGUUGUUACAUGUAAAUAAGGAAGCAUUUUAAAUUCUCUUCUUAAGUACGCAUAUAAUGUGUUAACUUGUUUAAUUAUUAUUCAUAGAUCUAUUAUACUGGCUGUUCAAUGAACCCUGCAAGAUCAUUUGCUCCUGCACUGAUUACAGGAAACUUUAAUGAUCACUGGGUAAGAAUUUGAUAUAUGAUGAUAUUUAGAAAAGAAUAUCAGCCUCCAAUAUCUGAGUAACAAUUUAUUUUUUAUUUUUAAUUAAACAGUUUUUAAAUACAAUGUACAUAUAAACAGUAUAAAUGUGCAUGCUAGUCAAACAGAGACAAAGUUGGUAAUACUAUCCUUACCUUUUUGUGUCAUUUUACCCCACUCCCUCUAGCAUGUAAGCUCAUUGAGCAGGGCCCUCAACCCCUCUGUCCUGUGUGUCCAACGUGUCUGGUUACAACUACAUGUCUGUUCGUCCACCCAUUGUAAAGCGCUGCGGAAUUUGACGGCGCUCUAUAAAUAUCAUAAUAAUAAUAAUAGUUGAGGUCAGUUCUGUGUAGGUUUUUACCACAAAGAAUGUUUUUUAUUUUUUAGUUGAGUACCUAAGUAACCUCUUCAUUAUCUUCAUUAUCAAGUUGUUUUUAAUUGAAACAUGAGCUAUAGUUGGAAUUACUCAACUAUUCAUUAAUUCCUAACAGAAACGCUCAUGCUAUAUCUUAUCUUUUCAAUAUUUAAACAGGGUCUGAACUUUUAACAUUGAAGCAGAAUCCACUUAUAGUCAUAUAUAGCAAACAGAUUAUUAUUAUUAUUAUUAUUGGUAUUUAUAUAGCACCAGCUUAUUACGCAGCGCUUUACAAAUAAAAGGGAAUUUACCAAAUGAGACAAUAACAAAAUGUAACAGGAACAAUAGGUAGUUGAGGACCCUGCUCAAACGAGCUUACAGUCUAGAGGAGGUGGGGUAUAAAAACACAAUAGGAAGGGUAUUAAGAGAGACAGCAAAUAUACAUGGUGGGAAAGUAGCAGAACUGGAGGUAAGAGUGGAGUGUGGCCCUUUAGGAGAGAGCGAGAGGAAGGUUUGACAGAUAGAAGUUACUCUUGGAGGCCAUAAGCGUUCCUGAAAAGAUGGGUUUUGAGUGCCUUCUUAAAGGAUUGAAGACUAGGGGAGAGUCUGACAGGGAUAAGCAGGUUGUUCCAAAGGAGAGGAGCUGCCCGUGAGAAGUCUUGCAGGCAUGAAUUUGCACUAAGGGUGCGAGCAGCAGGCAGGAAAAGGUCACCAGUAGAGCAGAGAGACCAAGAGGGGACAUACCUAUGAAUCAGUGAGGAAAUGUUAGAGGGGCUAGAGCUUUAUAGGUAAGGCAUAGUAUUUUAAAUUGACAUCUCUAGGGGACAGGAAGCCAGUGUAAGGAUCGACAGAGGAGUGAGGUGUGAGAUGCGUGACAGGAGAGAAAGAUCAGCCUGGCAGCAGCAUUCACCACAGAUUGUAGGGGGGCAGUACAGCUUCUGGAGAGGCCAAUUAGGAGAUAAUUACAGUAAUAAAUGCAAGAGAUUACUAGAGCAUGAACAAGCUCCUUAUUAUAUUAUUAUUAUUAUUAUUGCGUAAGCAAGGGGCGUAUGUUUUUAAGUUGGAAUCAACAGGUUUUAGCAACAGACUGGACAUGAGGUGCAAAGAUGAGGCCGGGAUCAAAAGUGACACCAAGACAGCAAGCUUGAAAGGAUGGGGUGAGGCAGGUACCGUCAACCUGCAGGGAGAGUGAAGGAGGAGGAUCAGUGAGAAGGAAAAGUAUGAAACUCAGUUUUAGAGAGAUUGAGCUUCAGAAAGAGGGAGAACAUCUAAUCAGAGAUAGAAGAAAGGCAAUUGGUGACAUGUAGGACAGCAGGGUAGAGGUCAGGGGAGGAAAGAUAUAUCUUGGUGUUGUCAGUGUACAGGUGGUAGUGGAAUCCAAAUGAAUUAAUUUGUUUGCCAAGAGGGUCAGUAUAAGAGAGAACAAAAGAGGUCCAAGAACUGAACCCUGAGUAACUCCAACUGAGACAGGACGAGGAGAGGAGGUGCUGUUGGAAAAAGAGACACUACAGGAGCAUUGGGAGAGAUAGGAGGAGAACCAUGAGAGGGCUGUGUCACAGAGACCAAGAGAUUGUAGAUAUAGGAGAUGGAGGACAUGAUCAACAGUGUUAAAGGCAUCAGAGAGGUCAAGAAGAAUUAGUAUGGAGUAGUGGCCUUUGGGUUUGGCUGUGAUUAGGUCAUUUGUAACUUUAAUAAGAGCAAUCUCAGUAAAGUGGAGGGGGCAAAGGUCAGAUUGAAAAACAAAUUAUGAUUAUUAUUAACAUUUAUUUGGCACCAAACUUAUUCCACAAUACCAAAUGUAAUGCCAUAAUGAAAAAAAUAAUGUCAGUAUGGAGAAAGGCAUGUAUGUUCACAUACAUUUAAAGGGCCACUAAAGUCACCCACACCACUUCAACUCAAUGGAUCAUUUUGUCAUGGAUGUCAUUUUAACCCAGCAAUGUAAAACAUUGCAGUUUAGUAGAGACUGCAAUACGAGGUCUCUCCGGAAAGUAUCCAGUUAUGUAAUAGAGACAUUUAUUGAAGAAGAUACAAGAUACAAGAAACAUUGUACAUAGGACAAUCAUGGCUCAGUCCCCUUCAGAGUAUGCACCAUGGGAUCUCACACAGUUCUCUUCCACUGUUCAAAACACUCUGCAAAAUUUUUUGUUGGAAUGGCUAUCAGCUACCUCGUCUUAUUUACCUGAAUCUCCUCCAUGGCCUGAAAUAUCUUCCUUUCCUUUUCAAAGGUGUUCUUAGUUUUGGGAAAAGCCACAAUCUUUCAACAGAUUCUCAAUAGUGAUGUCCUGAACGGUUCGCCGAACAGUUCGCCACGAACGGUUCGCCACAAACUCAUCGUUGAGUAAACUUUGACCCUGUACCUCACAGUCAGCAGACACAUUCCAGCCAAUCAGCAGCAGACCCUCCCUCCCAGACCCUCCCACCUCCUGGACAGCAUCCAUUUUACAUUCAUUGUGAAGCUGCAUUCUUAGUGAGCCAGGAGGUGGGAGGCUCUGGGAGGGAGGGUCUGCUGCUGAUUGGCUGGUAUGUGUCUGCUGACUGUGAGGUACAGGGUCAAAGUUUACUCAACGAUGAGUUCGUGGCGAACCGUUUGGCGAACCGUUCGGGACAUUGCUAAUUCUCAACCAUCUUUGAAGCAUUUGUGCCAUACUUUUAUUUGCACUGCACUCAUUGCAUUAUACCCGAAAGCCAUUUGAAUCGCCCAAAUAGUUUCCGCAGAGAAAUGUUCAAGCUUAACGCAAACUUUGAUGCAGAUUUGUUGCUCUGCUCACUCACUCAUUUUGAAAUCAACAGCCAUGCAGUACACAUGCUCACUCAAUCGCAUCUAGUGCCCCCACUGGUUAGUACAGAGAAGUAGUCACUGUUGCUGCAUACGUUUUCCAGUCCACACUUCUUGGCUGCCAGGUUACAGCAAUGUUGCGCAAACCGUUCUCGUUAUAUUAACAAUUACUGGACUUUUUCCAGACAGACCUAGUAUUUACAUUGCUUGGUUCAAUUCACCUCUAGUGACUGUCUUCCUGAAUCACUAGAGGUGCUUCCUCCUGAAAUUCAGUCCUGAAAUCAAAUGCUGUGAUAACAGCAUUUGAUUAAAGGAACACAGCAUUUGGCCACCCAUGCCAAGUUCCAAGCCAUUGCUUGUCUAUGAAAUGCAGUGGAUUGGAGGAGAAAGCGGGUGCUGACAUCAACAAAGGAGAUGAUAGAGACUUCUUCAGAGGUGUCCUGGCACUGGAAAGGUGUUGAGUAAUCUUUUUAAACUUUUAUUGAGGAAAGGUGGGUGUUGACAAAAGUAGAAGGAAACAUACAGUCCCCAAAAAAACAGUUUUUUCAUAAGACUAUAUGUUCUCUUUAAGUUCAGUUACACCAAGAAAAUACAAUAUACAAAGCACUGCAGGCUUCUGUUGCAGCCUAUAAAAAAAAUCUCUAUGGCAUACUCACUUGGUAAGAACCCUUCCUUCUUCACCUUAGUAGUUAUUAGAAUGCAGCCAUACAUUUAUUCACACUGGCAUAUUAAUAUGACAUACUGAUAUACUUCUCCAACAUACCUCUGAAAUUUAGCUGUAGCUACAAAAGUUACAUUUAGCUUGUGGCUCAAAAUUUCCAAUUGCCCACUAGCCAUUAGCGAGUAAAAAUUCACCCUUGGUGAAUAUGCCUUUGAUCUUUUGAGCUUGCUGUGGCAAGUAACUUUUAGGCCAAGCUGAUAGCAUAACUUUUAAACUGUGACUUCGUAGAUGGGUUUGCAAUUAAAACAAAUUCAUUUCCAGUGCUCACAACACAUACACCCCGAUAAUACACAAGCUCUAUCAACUGAUACAUCAUAAGACUUCAUUAUAAUGCGCUUUCGGGACACAAACUGUUCCAAAUGUGUUAGAAUGAAAAAAAUAAGUGUGUUUAAUGCUUGUGAAUAGGUAACUUAGAUGCCAGACUAACACACUUUAGAGACAGAAUGUACAGUUCCUUGGCAUGUCUUCAAUAGAAGGUACUGUACUCUACAGUGCCAUAAUUCAAACAAUAUUUGUUCCUGUAAAUGUACAGUGUUCCUCAUGACUUGGUAUGGAACAAAUUCUUAUAGAGCAAACAGACUGCUUUUUGUUUUGCUUUUUUAAUUAAAUAAAGGGAUUAAAGGUAGAGAGUCUGUGCUAACCUUGGCACUUUGGACAUUUGUGAACUACACUUGUCAAGUUAUUCAGUCAUUCUUUACUCAGGCUAAGCAUUUUGGGAAGUCAGGUCUACAAAUCGUACAGGCCUAUGCUCUUGCUCUUUGUAAUUGUCAUUCAAAUUAAUGGUCUUGACAAAUGAGUUGAGAUGAGAACUUAAAAUAUGGAUUGCAAUGUAACAUAAAGUCUAACAUACUUAGGGGGACAAUUCAUCAUAAAAAAACUUUCAAACUCAAUUUAAGUUCAUGUAAUUCAGUUUAUUAUGUAAUGCAUAUGUGUGAUUUAACUUCAGUUUUUCAAUCACUGUAAAAGCAUUUACCACCUUAAUGCUCAAGGAGUAGGGCAUCACAUAUAUAUACUCAAAAACAAUCUAUAAAACUCUGGAAUAUGACUCUUAAAAUAUGAUUUCUCAGUAUGUUAUAAUUUUAGACACCCAAAAUCUGCAGUUUUUCAAGUUUUACUCUUAAAAGACUUUUGUAGGUGAUGUUAUGACCGAUCAUGCUUACAAGAACCCUCCAAUUGCACAAAAAUCUUUAGCCUUCUUUAUGUUUGAAGAGUGACUUACAAGAACCCUCCAAUUGCACAAAAAUAUUUAGCCUUCUUUAUGUUUGAAGAGUGACGUAUAAAUGAACCCUGUUACACCUCCACAACAGCCAAUCGUGCUGCUUCUUAGUAGUUUAGCCCUGUGGAGCAAACUCAAGAGGCAGCCAAAUGUCCUAGCACCUGACUUGCAAAGACUUCUCAACAAGCUGUAAUGCAGCUCACUGAGAAGUCUGAUUGGACAUCUACAGAAAGUCUGUACAGGGGAAGAAGGGGACGGUAUGCAGUAGCUGCAGAUAUUAGAUCUGCAGCUAUUGCAAGACACAAUUUCAUACACCCCAAUAAAACAUGCAAAACAAGUUACAUGCUUGUUUUAUUUGGAUAAUUCUACUAAUGAAUUUUUUUUUUUAAUGCAGUGUUGCUUAAACUCUCUGAAAUAGAGUGCUGAUAACAAUACUACAACUACAACUCACAGAAACCCUUAGUGUGUUCAUAAAGAAGUGCUUAUAGAAUACGGUUAGCAGUCCUUAACAAAGUUAAGUAAGCAUAAUAAUAACUAAGUUACUUCCGGGUCUGGUGAGAAGUCAUCACACAACUUGCAAAAAACUUAGAGUUAACCAUGGAGUGUCCCUUUAAGUAACGAAAGAAUAAUGAAUUAUACUCUUACUCAUAAGUAGAAGUAGAAAUGAAUUCUAAAAAUACAGUAAUAAAAACACAAAGCAUCAUUAAAAUGUAUGCUGAUAUGAAGCAGAACAUAUAAUUACACUAUUGUGAAUGAGCAUGAAUAUAAGUAUUUACAAUUUUAAUGAGUUUCCAUUUAAAGGGACAAGGUGAUAAAUGGUUGCUACUUUUUGAACUUAUCAAAAAAAAAUUAUGUCUUUCUUUUUUAUCAACAGAUAUUCUGGGUUGGCCCAAUUUCAGGUGCAGUCCUAGCAUGUCUGCUUUAUAAUUAUGUUUUUGCACCUUACGAUCUCAGCGCUAGCGAGAGACUGGAUAUCCUGCAGGGUAAAAUUGCUGAAGAAAAUGAAAGGGAAGAGAAACGAAAGCAAUCAGUGGACCUUAAUUCUCUCUACUGUCACCCAAAUAACAAAGAAAAAAUGUAA